AUGGAUCUACAUGAGUUGGAGGAAAUUAGAUUGGAUGCUUAUGAGAACUCUAAGAUCUACAAGGAAAGAACUAAGACAGCCCAUGACAAGCUAAUUCGCCUCAAGGACUUCAAGGCAAGAGAUAGUGUACUGUUGUUUAACUCCAAACUAAGAUUGUUUCAUGGGAAGCUAAGGUCCAAGUGGGUAGGACCAUUUAAGAUCCAAGAAGUUCUACCUUAUGGGUCGCUCACUCUGCUCAACAAGGAAGGGAAAGAGUUCACAGUAAAUGGCCACAGAUGCAAGCCUUACUUGGGGGAAACAGAUGAUAAUGAAGAAGAGAUCGUCACUCCUCUUCAAGAUCCAAUCCCCGCCUAA